AUGAAAUUUUUACCUGUUUUAGCCCUUAGUGCCCUUGCCCUUGCUGGAAAUGCUCCAAUUUCCACUGAUUCUGCUGACAGCGAUUCCUUGGUCGCUACUUUUAAAAAAUCCAGCAAAUCCGACAUUGAAGGUACUAUCAAAUUUGAACCUGCUAAGAAUGGUACUGUUUUAAUCAGUAUUGAUUUAGAAGGUUUGCCAUCUUCUGGUGGUCCAUUCCCAUUCCACAUUCACGAAAAGGCUGUUCCUGAAUCUGGCAACUGUACUGCUACCGGUGGUCAUUUUAACCCAUACAAUGGAUCUAUGACCGCUACUGCUCCAGCUGCCAAAGAAGUUGGUGAUAUUGCAGGAAGACACUUUAACAUUACUGGUGAAACAUUUUCUGCUGAAAUCGAUGACAACUACAUUUCUUUGAACCCAGAUAGCAAAGCUUACAUUGGUGGUUUGUCUGUUGUUAUUCAUUCCAGUAACAAUAGUAGAUUAACUUGUGCUAACCUUGAAGAAGAAAGUUCUUCUUCCAGUAGUGCCACCAAUUCUUCAUCUGGUAGCUCAUCUAAUUCAUCUUCUGGUGGAUCAAGUUCCAACUCAAGUUCCUCUGCUUCUGCUGCUAAUGGUGCUGGUAAGAAUGAAGUUGGUGGAUUGUUGGUUGCUGGUGUUGCUGGUAUUGUUGCCGCUUUGAUGUAA